AUGAAAAGAGGAGGAAGCUAUGGCGGUGGGCAGAGUUCAUUAGGUUACCUCUUCGGUUCCGACAGUAAUAAUAAGCAGAAAAACAAGGCGGCACCGCCAUCUCCGACCACCGCAUAUAAGCCUCCUUACGCGACCGAUACAGACAACGAAAAGCCGCCGGAGAAUCCUUCUUCCGCUUCUCAAGAUCAUAAAAUAACAAAUGCUAUACCCAACAAUGAUAACAAUAAUAACUACCCUAGGGUCCAAGGCCAAAUUUCUGGAAAUUUCAUCACUGGUCGUCCAUCGACGAAGGUUAAGUCUGCACCAGGUGGAGAUUCAUCUCUUGGAUACCUGUUUGGAGAUCAAAGGCCUUGA